GCCUGUUCUGUGCUGUACUGUUCUAUGUUCUAUGUUCUAUGUUCGCAUGCAACAAGAUCUGGACAAUAUCCAGGCUUGGGCUGACAAGUGGCAAGUGACAUUUGCGCUAUACAAAUACCAGGCUAUGACCAUCACCAAUAAAAGACAAUCUAUCCACCAUCCCUUGACAUUCAAUGGUGUUACCAUCACUGAAUCCCCCGCUAUCAACAUCCUGGGGGUUACCAUUGACCAGAAACUCAACUGAACUCACCACAUUAACACAGUGGCUACAAGAGCAGGCCAGAAUCUAGGAAUACUGUGGCUAGUAACUCACCUCUUGACUCCUCACAGCCUGUCUACCAUCUACAAGGCAUGAGUCAAGAGUGUGAUAGAAUACUCGCCAUUUGCCUGGACGAGUGCAGCUUCAACAACACUCGCGAAGCUUGACACCAUGCAGGACAAAGCAGCCCCUUUGAUUGGCACGAUAUCCACAAGUAUCCACUCCCUCCACCAGCGACGCUCAGUAGCAGCAGUGUGUAUUAUCUACAAGAUACACUGCAGAAAUUCACCAAAGAUCCUCAGACAGCACCUUCCAAACCCACGACCACUUCCAUCUGGAAGGACAAGGGCAUCAGACAUAUGGGAACACCACCACCUCCAGGUUCCCCUCCAAGUCACUCACCAUCCUGACUUGGAAAUAUAUUACCGUUCCUUCACUGUCACUGGGGCAGAAUCCUGGAAUUCCCUCCCUAAUAGCACUGUGGGUCAACCCACAGGAGGAGGACUGCAGUGGUUCAAGAAGGCAGUUCAUCACCACCUUCUCAAGGACAACUAGGAAUGGGCAAGAAAUGCUGGCCAGCCAGUGAUGCCCACACCCCACAAAUGAAUAGAAAUAAAAAUUGUGCAUUGUUCUCAGGCUUAUUACACCUUGCCACAUUGCCUCCUCCUAACCAUCCUGGAGCUCACUGCUUUUAAACAAAUUUCAUUCGCCCCAGCCUCUGUUCAUGUUUCUAUAUGCUUGCUCCGUCUGUAGUUACAUAUAGUGGUGGUAAAGGCUUGAAUUUUCUUUUCGUCACAUUGCUGACCAGGAGUUUCUCUUCUUCUUACCGUCUACCAUUUGAGGACUGGCAAAUUAAUACUUAAACUGUUUGAUCAUGUUGUGAACAAACUUUCCUUUUGGGCAUCCUGUCCAGGAAUGAGAUUUGAACUAGGCGUUCUAACUCAUUGGCAGGGAUGGUAUCACUACAAAGACGUCCUGGGAAACUGCACUUGUAAAUUUCUUAGGUUUCUGAGCCCAGCUGAUCACAACAAAACCAAAAGCUUGGCAGUACACUGAUGCAUAACUGCAAUUAUCAUUGGAUACAAAUGUCCUGGAGAGAUGUCCACCAAAUUAUUUAUAUCUUGAGGUCUGCUACCUAUGAGCACCACAGCAAGCAGCCUAUUGUGGACAGUUCCUAUGGAGCACAUUAAUAUUUAAAAGCAAAGUACUGUGGAUGCAGGAUACCUGAAAUAAAAUUAAAUGCUUGAGAAACUGACCAGAUCUGACAGCAUUUCUGUAGCGAGAAACACAGUUAACAUUUCAGAUCAAAUGUCAUGGAGUAAUAGAGUCAUACAACAUAAAAACAGAGCCUUCGGUCCAAUUUGUCUGUGUUGGCCAGGUUUCCCAAAUUAAACUAGUCUUAUUUGCCUGUGUUUGGUCCAUAUCCAUCUAAAUCUUUCCUAUUCAUGUACUAUUCAAAUGUAUUUAAAUGUGGUAAUUGUACCCACCUCUUCCACUUCCUCUGGCAGUUCAUUAAAUAUACGCUCCGCCAUCUGUGCGAAGAAGUUGCCCCACAGUUCCCUUUCAAUCUUUCCCCUCUGAUCUUAAACCUGUGUCCUCUAGUUUUGGACUCCCCAUACCCUGGGGAAAAAACAUUGGAUAUUCACCUUAUCUAUGUCUCUCACGAUUUCAUAAACCUCUAUAAGGUCACCUCUCAGCCUACUACACUGCUGGGGAAGAAAAGUCCCAGCCUGUCCAGCCUCACCUUACAACGCAAAUAUUCAAGGCCUGGUAACAUUCCUGUAAAUCUUUUCUGCACCCUUUCCAAUUUAAUAACAUCCUUUGAAACUAAACAGUAUCAUUUUUCCAGGUCCCUUCAAUUCCAAAGAAGUCACAUUGGAAUCAAAACACUGAAUCUACUUCUGUUUCCACCAAUGCUGCCAGAAUUGCUGGUUUUCUCCAAUAAUUUCCAUUUUUUAUUGCAUUCGUAUUUGCAUUUUUUUAAUAGUUGGGCUUCUUUGAAAGUAACGGAGGAGAAAUUUUUGAUUAAUUUUCAAUUUGUUGAAUCUGGGCCAACCUAACACUUUCUCAUGAGUCUUUUAACAAUAGAAUCUCUCACUGCAUCAAGCGGCUGGUCCAUCUUGGUAUUGGGCACCUGGCGCUGCAGAUUACCCUCACGGCCAGUAGUGGGAGACAUACUCUCCUCUGGCUGUCAUCAACCAUAGGAAAAAGGGCGGAGCGAGGAGUUUAACGGCACUGACCCGGAAAUAAUCGUAUUCUCAGGUGAGAAGUGCUUUGGGACUAUGAGAGUUCACCUGAGUGUAGUUCCUUGCAGUAAUGCGUGGUAGAUUAAUGUUUAAUUCCUGGGGACUCCAGAACAAUCCUAGAAGGUGGCAUUACUUCUCUCUGCCUCCCAUACUAAAGGUAUUGGUGAUAACUAUUUUUCUCUUGCCUUUGACUAAUUUGAAAGUGAAGUCCACUUCCAAGAAAGAGCCAGGAUUGAAUUACGAUUUUCUUUGAAGAAUCCAUACGUGGUAGUUUUUGUUUUAAAGAUGAAAGAGUGGUGGAUCCAGGUUGCACUUCUUGCUGCACCACUUAUUGCAGUCUACCUUCACCUUCCUCCCCCGAGUCUCUCUCCGUCUCUUUAUUCGUGGCGAAUGGCUGGAGCCUACUUUACUUACAAAGACCACCGCAUAUUUUACAGAGAUUCUCUGGGUGCUGUUGGCAGUUCCGACAUAGUGAUCCUUUUGCAUGGUUUCCCAACAUCAAGCUAUGAUUGGCACAAGAUCUGGGAAGGCUUAACUCUGAGGUUUAAUCGAGUUAUCACAUUAGAUUUUCUUGGCUUUGGAUUUAGUGAUAAACCUAGGCUGCACAGAUACUCCUUCUUUGAGCAGGCAGACAUUGUCCAGGGGCUACUAGUGGAAUUGGGCCUUUCUCAACAGAAGAUCAACAUCCUAGCCCAUGAUUAUGGAGAUACUGUUGCACUGGAGCUGCUGUACAGGUUUGAACACGGUAAACCUGGACAUCUGAUGAUUAAUAGCCUGUGCUUGUCCAAUGGAGGAAUAUUCCCAGAGACAAACCACCCAAGAUUUAUACAGAAGCUGCUCAAGGACAGUGGGUGCUUUUCACCCAUCUUUACCAGACUUAUGAACUACUACUUGUUUACAAAAGGAAGCUGCCUGAAGGGGUAUAUGCUUUGGGCUUUUUCCAGGAUCAGUGCAGUGUUUGGACCCCACACGCAGCCAACGAACGCAGAAUACUGGGAUAUAUGGACCAUGGUCCGGGUCAAUGAUGGGAACCUGGUGAUGGACAGUAUUUUGCAGUUUAUUAAUCAAAGAUGGAAGUACAGAGAUCGAUGGGUAAAAGCCCUGACUUCGACUUCUGUUCCAUUGCAUUUAAUCUAUGGACCAUUGGAUUGUGUGAACCCUCACCCUGAGUUUCUGGAUCUUUAUCAGAAGUUGGUACCGAAGUCAACAGUGUCAGUUCUUGAUGACCAUAUCAACCAUUACCCUCAACUUGAGGAUCCUUUGGGCUUUGAACAAGCCUACAUUAACUUCAUCAACUCCUUCUGAAUUGGCAAAUACGGCAUUGGAUCUUGACCACUCUGGACUAGUUAAAUGGUCAUCGGCUGCUUCUGCAUUGAGAAUUGUGGUAACAAAUAAUGUUUAAUUUAGACUGAAAUAAAAAAGUUACAAUAUUGGAGACCUGGUAUAAAGCCCAGAAACCUUGGAAAGGCACAGGACAUUGCUUCUGAAAGAGAAUGAGUGCAUUAAUGCUUUGCAUGUAACGCACAGUCAAAAGACAACUGUGCCCAAGAUGUUAAACCUUUCAGAUGUAGGACAACUGGCUGUGCAUUUCUAUCUUUAACAUUUUAUCUUUUAUUUUGUUACUGAAUGUUUCACUGUGUUAAUGUGAAAUAAUUCAUUGGAGAUUACUGCAUGUAACACCCAUCAGUUGGGCACAUCCAUCCAAUUGUAAAUAGCUCCUUAUGAAAAUAAUUCAUGGAGCAAGAACAGAACAGGGAUGUUUCAGGAUGAUUCAUUUUUUGGUCUCUGUUUGGAUGAGACACAACAAACUUCAUCCAUUUAGUGAGUUUUUAAAGUUAACUACCUCUUUGCAAUCCAUUUCUUUGGUAUUCUUUACUAAAACACAAAGGAUAAUCUGACAGAGGUCUUCAAAGUUAUGAAGGAACUUGUUAAUGGCAGACAAAGAAAAUGUUUUCCAUGUGGUGGGGAUAGGAGAGAAAGGGAAUACAAGUCUAUAAGUUAGUCACUAGUAAAUCCAGUUGGGAAUUUAGAAAAAUGUAUUUAUCCAGGAGUGUUAAAAUAAGGAACUUGUUACCAUAUGCAGCAGUUCAGAGGAAUAGCAUAUCACCUUCAAGGGAAAGUUAAGCAGAUGAAAUAGGAUGGGAUUUUACUAAUUGGGAACAAAAACAUUAGUACAGACCAAAUGAACAAAAUAGGAAUGUUUUGAAUUAGUAUUAGUCCUUUGCAAAACCAUUCAACUAUAUCACUGUUCAGCCUGAUAUUAAUUUGGUUACCUUUAACACCUGUAGGCCUGGCAAGCUUUGAAAUAGUACAGUUUUGUGGAACAGGAGUACAGAAUGGGAAUUUGGGUGUAGCAGUUAGCAUUUUCAUUAGUUUCAUAUACUGAGAACCAAUUUGUAUAAUUUUCAAGUUUUAUUUACUUUCCAUCAGUUACAGUUUACUUGUUAGUUAAUACUUGAAGUUCAUAAAGUAAAUUUGUGAGCUGUGUUGUAUUCUGCAAGGGGCUGAAAUGUUUAAAUUAAAUUAUGGCAGGCUGCACAGACCAGGCUUGCAUUUCUUUUCAGUAGAUGAUUGAGAUAAUCUGUUUGAGUUCGGCGCAAGGUGAUGUAGCCUUAAAAUUAACAGCUAGGUCAUUCAGGGGUGAUGCCAGGAAGCAAUUCUUUAUACAAAGGAUGAGGAACAUCUGUUAAAAUGUUAAUUGAUUUUUUUUGUUAGGCUAGAGUUCUGGAACCAAAGUAAGUAAAUCGUUAUGAUACAGAAUGAUCUAAUUGAAUGGUAGAACAAGCUCAACUGGUUAAAUAGUCCAUUCCCUAUUCCUAUAUAUAAAUUCAACACAAUGCAGACUCAUUCAUCAGUGAAACCUCUGAUCUGAAUUGUCAUUCCACUGGUAGCAGAAAGUUGAUUUGUCAGUUGAAUAUGUCUGCACAGUUCUGUAGCACACAACAAUCCAAUCUUUCAUGCAAAAAUAAAAUUCCCUUGAUUAACUGUAACUAAUGCCAAGCUAUUGUGUACCAACUGGUACAAACAGGCAUAUAGUCACUAUUCUUAUGUCUGUUGAGAAACAACAAUUGGAAUUAAAAGGUAGUGAAUUCUCAAAAUGCAAUAUUGAUUAGCUAUUGAACUGGAAACAUAGUUUAACAAUUCAGGUGGGAUCCUGUAUUUCAGAUGUUAUGUUGCACAUUUAUAAAACGAUCUGUAGAAUGCACUAGCUCUUACUUGAUGAAUCCCUUACAUGAUUGCUGCAAAGUAUUUUGAUUGACUUUUUUUGAAAUGUCGCUGUCAAAAAUGGUUAGUUAAAUCCAUAGAAAAUUCUACAAAAUCAAAGUUCAGGACUUUCAUUUGGCUACUGUAUACAGGAAACACUUACUACUUGGCAAUUUCUUCCAAAAAUCUCAUCUAAUGCAUGCCACUUAUUUCCUCUCUAAUCAUUUGUCAAAAUUCACUCAGACAAAGCUUUCUUACAAGCUCUAAAUGUAUCAUCUACACACAUUUCCCUACUUAGUUUUCAUUGCUGAAAGAAAGAGUUUAAGACUCCUUACAUUUGUGCAAUCACUCCAUUUUUCUUAGAUACAAGCAACGUAUCAUCUAAAUUACCUUCUCUUCCACUUUCCUUCCUUGUGAUAGCAUUCUAAAGUAUGGAUCUCAACUCUUCAUUCAGGUUAAAGGAGAGGAAAAUAGAGCAUGCAUUUUGAUAUAAAGUUUAAGAUCUGUUAAGCUUUACAGUAAACUUAGGUCAGAAUUUGUUGGAAGAUUUUGUUGUUUGUUGCUAGUUAUAUUUUCCCUGACAACUGAUUGCAACAGCAGUGCUGCUGCCUGGAUGGAACUGCUACUGAGAGCAGCUACACUGCAAGAAUAUCGAAGUUGAACAAAAGAUGUUUCUGAUGAAUGUUUCAUCUAACCCAUAAAUGAAACUGAUUUUUAAAAGGUGGAUUUCAUACAAAAUGCAUAUACAAAGAUCAUUAAUUAAUCUUUAUUU